CAUUUGCUGAGUAAAACAAAAUCAAACCACUGAGCUGUGAUAAUGGACAAUAGUCAAAAGGAUUUCACCUUCCUAAAGUGAAGCUACAGAAAAGCUACAAUACAACUGUGUAAGUAUUUAUUAUAAUGAUGAAGCAGGUACAAUAUGGUAGUGGUUUUAAAUACUGGACAGUGCUGGCUAUACAGUUUAUACACUGAUUGUAGGGUGAAUAAACAAUAAGGUCCAGUGUGAAGUAUUACUACACUUUGACUCCAAACACAAAUAGCUUUUUCGUUUUUAAGACUUAUACCAGUAUUCACAUACAGUACGUUUUUAUUUUGCAUGCAUUUUUGAAAAGAACUUUGCUAGAAUAUGUAUUAGUUCAAAAUAAAGGCAGCACCUUUGAUUUUGCACAUUUCAUUUCUACAGUUUUGCCAUUGUCUUUAUUGUACGUUUUUGUGCUUGUCUGUAUUACUUUCAAGUAAUUGAAGUCUCUACUGUGAGUCUCUUUCUGCUUUUGAAUUGCUUAAUAAUGUCGUUUUUGGUGUUUUGUGCAGUUUCACUGAUGUAAUACAACUUGCGUGGCUCGUGAAGCAGGCUGCGGUGUCUAAGUACCACUCUGUCUGUGCGCACGUGCGUGCGUGUGUGGAGGGAGACAGAGAGCGCGCGAGCGCGAGAGUGAUAGAGAGAGAGAGCGGAUUCCCAUCACAACCAAGAUGGCGGCAGAGAGGACAGCCGGCUCGGCUCGGCUCGGCGGUGACUGACAGAAGACACCUCGCUCCGCUGGACAGCUCACGACUCGACUCCGUGAAGAAGACGCGACAACGGAGACGAUAACAGCCGAAGGCCGCUCCGCGUUUGAGUUGGUGACAGCGCCGCCAUGAACGAGCAGACGACACCGGGCAAACUUGCGUGUGCGGACUGAUUUGACGUUGACGGCGGGGAGUUGGCGGGGAUGGGAAAUGAUGGAGGACAAAGGCCCACGCGUAGCCGACUACUUUGUGGUGGCUGGUUUGACAGACCCAUCGAAGCCGCUGGACCAGGAGAUCCAUUUUGAUGAUGCCUGCCACAAGACAGCCAAACCUAAGGCACCAAUCACUGAUGUGGCAGUGGUGAUCCGUUCAGUAGGGGAGGAGGUGCCACCAGGGUUCACAUGCAUAGAGACAACACCAACCGGCCAUUCUGCUGACCUUAACAAUGGUGGUCUCAUGGCCCCCCAGAUCUUCCUGUGCUACAGGCGAGGUUGCGACAAGCCACCACUGACUGACCUUGGUGUGCUGUAUGAAUGGAAGGAGCGACUGAAGCAUGGGUGCCACCUCAUCCAGACCACACCCUCUGGUCGUCCAGCCAAUAUCAGUGGCAAUUCCUCCCAGCGCAUUUAUGUCACCUACCGCAGGGCACCGGAGGUCCAAUCGCACGCUGCUCUGGCUGUCACAGACAUCUGCAUCAUUAUCCCGAGUAAAGGAGAGACGUCGCCACACACCUUCUGUAAGGUGGAAAGGAAUCUGAACAGCAGCAUGUGGGGCUCCUCUGUUUACCUGUGCUAUAAGAAGUCUGUGACCAAAGCCAACAUGAUAGCCUACAAAGCAGGCUUAUUCAGCAGAUAUCCAGAGGAGGACUACGAGUCAUUCCCCCUGCCAGAGUCUGUCCCUCUAUUCUGCCUUCCUAUGGGAGCUACGAUCGAGUGCUGGCCAACUAACACCAAAUACUCUCUCCCUGUUUUUUCCACCUUCGUCUUAACAGGCGCCUCUGGAGAGAAGGUAUAUGGUGCUGCCAUUCAGUUUUAUGAGCCCUACCAGCAGGAGUGUCUGACAGAUCAGCAGUGCUUUCAGUUAGGACUGCAGGGCCCAGAUCCACACAAACCCUCAUCCUCCAACUUCACUUCCGCUGUCUCCAACAACGCUGGUGCCAGCAGCCGCUCUGUCUACACAAAUAAGUGCAUCUGCUUGCUCUCCCAUUGGCCCUUUUUUGAUGCUUUCCGCAAGUUCCUCACAUUCCUUUAUCGCUACUCCAUCUCUGGCCCCCAUGCCCUGCCCAUCGAAAAACACAUCUCUCACUUCAUGCACAAAGUUCCUUUCCCUUCCUCUCAGAGGCCUCGUAUCCUGGUGCAGCUUUCCCCCCACGACAGUCUGAUGUUGAGUCAGCCAGUGUCUUCUCCUCUACCGCUCAGUGGAGGUCGAUUUUCCAUGUUACUUCAGAACCUCGGACCAGAAAACGCUGUCACCCUGCUGGUGUUUGCUGUCACUGAACAUAAGAUUCUGGUUCACUCUCUACGGCCGGCCGUGCUGACCAGCGUUACUGAGGCUCUAGUGUCUAUGAUUUUCCCGUUCCACUGGCCGUGCCCGUAUAUUCCUCUUUGCCCCCUGGCAUUGGCUGAUGUGUUGAGUGCCCCUUGUCCGUUCAUUGUUGGAGUGGACUCUCGCUAUUUUGAUCUUUACGACCCCCCACCAGAUGUGAGCUGCGUGGAUCUGGACACAAACACCAUCUUCCACAAUGAUGAUAAGCGAGCCCUCACGUGGAAAAUCCUACCAAAGAAAGCCUGUAAAAACCUGCUGAAUGUGCUAGGCAAUCUCUACCAGCAGCUGGUUGAUGGUCAGCACAAACCAGAUGGGCUACUGGAAAUGAGCAUGAGUGAUUUGUCGGAGCUGAGCUGUGGAAAGAGCCUCCAUACACUAGAGCUGGAGAUCCAGGAAGCCUUCCUCCGCUUCAUGGCAGCCAUUUUGAAGGGCUAUCGUUUAUUCCUAAGACCCAUCACCCAGGCACCUUCUGAGAAAGCAACAGAUGCCAGCUCGCUUUUUGACUUGCAAGGGUUUUUGAGGAGCCGUGAUCGUUCACACCAGAAGUUCUACUCACUGAUGACGAAGACGCAGAUGUUCAUCCGCUUCAUCGAGGAGUGUUCUUUUGUCAGUGAUAAAGACGCCAGCCUGGCCUUCUUUGAUGACUGUGUGGACAAACUCUACAAUUCAGAGCGGAGUGCAGACAAAGGAGGCAAGGUGGACAGUGACAGGCCAGAGGACGCCAAGCUUAUAGAAACUGAUGAAUCACAGCGUAGUGAGCACACAGUCUUUAUCACACCGCCGGAGCUGCCUGCUCUGCCAGAGGGGGAAGAGUAUCCACUCCUGUACAGUUACGACGGUUUCCCAGUGUUAAGUAUUGACCUCUUUGACCCAGUGGAGGGUCCACGGACUAACUCCUCCCGCGCUACUGCCAGACAUAGCUGUCCCACCAGCCCUGCCCCCAUGUUUAGACGCACAAAACAGGAGAUCAAACUAGCCCAGAAGAUAGCUAAGAAGUACUCCUCCAUCCCUCAGCUGUGGUCCAAGUGUCUGCUCCGUCAUUGCUAUGGUCUGUGGUUUAUCUGUCUACCAGCGUAUGUAACGGUGUGCCACUCCAAAGUGCGGGCACUUCGCACAGCAUAUGAUGUCCUCAGAAAGAUGCAGGCUAAGAAGCUGCAAGCCCCGGAUGAGGUCUGUUACCGGGUGCUGAUGCAGCUCUGUGGACAGUAUGGUCAGCCUGUUCUAGCAGUCAAGGUCCUCUUUGAGAUGAAGAAGGCUGGAGUCCAUCCCAAUGCUAUCACUUAUGGCUACUACAACAAGGCCGUGUUGGAGAGCACAUGGCCCUCUAGCACCAGAGGAGGAUACUUCCUGUGGAUGAAGCUGAGAAAUGUCAUUCUCGGCGUGGCACAGUUCAAACGGGCACUUCGGCGACAUGCUCCUCUCACACAGAGCCCUUUGUCAGAUGGCAGCGACCUGGACGCUGUAAGUCACAGCAGCUUGGAUAGCUCUGCUGACACUAACCUGGCCGAGCAGGGCCUCUACGCCAAUGACUGCGUCAAACUAGACCCCAUUGACGAUAGAUCUAGCACAGUUGGCCAAGGGGGUUGCGGUGUGGGUGCCCGUGCCCAUUUGCACAGUGGGGGUUCUGAGCUCAGAGGAGCCACCCACCACAAAGGAGAUCAAUCAGAUUUGGGUUAUAAUUCGUUAACCAAAGAGGAGGUUCGAAGAGGAGACUCCAGUGCCCAGGACUCGGUCCCUGACAAAGAUGGCAAGAAGGAGAGCGACUGCAGUUCUUUAUCGGAGACUGAGAGUACCAAAGGAAGUAAAGACUGCCUUUCUCAGCUAGACGUGGAGAUCCAUUCCUCCUCCAAAGCCCGUGGCAUCGUUCGCAGCAGCUGUAAAUCCAAGAGCUCUGCCAGCGCAGGCCACAUUGCAGGUCUUCUCUUUACUUCAUCUCUGGAUGACAUUGGAGAGGUCCAUACCAACAGUCUGCUGAGGAAACAUAAAAGUGCUCUGGGGGAGAUUGUUGAAGGCGGCCGCUCUUCUAUGGACUGGCAGGGUGUGAGAGACCGCCGGCUUGACACAGGGGGACGCAGUGGCUCCUCUGGUCUCAGCCUGGGUAUGAACAAGGGUGAAACCGAUCCUCAGAAGAUAGCAGGAAACCUGGAUGGCCAUGGAAAGAUUGCAUCCUGUGCCAAAAAAAGUAAGAGGCCUCAUUCUCUAGCUUUGGGCGGGUUAGAGAGUGCGGUUGCUGAGGCAGGAAUUAAGAACAAAGAUGAAGAGGAAGAAGGACGUGACUCCAGUGAUGAAGAUGGAAGCAAUACAGAUGCCAUUUUUGAUUUUGAGGAUCUGGAUUUGGACAAGUCAUCCUCAGAGGUUGGGGUCAACACCCAUAAAUUAAAUACAUCUAAUCGGAAGCCCGUUGAACGCAGUGCCAGCUACAGUGGUACAAGCACGGUGACAUCAGGAGGAGCUGUCAAACGCACAGGCAUCGAAAUGGGCUACGAUCCUCUAUCUCUGCUGGCGGCACAAACAACAGAGCAAAAUGACAAUCCGCACUCUGAGGCCAGGACACCAAGCACCGGGAGGAACCUGGCCAAGGAGAUCGAGCGCUAUAUGAACCACAUGGGCAGCCCUCUGAGCAGCCGCACGCCCAGUCUGGACCUACAGGACGCUGCCAGCCCCACCCUCCUCCAUGGCUCCGCCCACUCCAUCCCCCGCAGAGCUAGUCUGCCCCACAGCUCGCCGCUCAGCGCUGCUGGAGUGCCUCGCUCCCGUACGUACCACCUGCCUUCACCCUCGCAGCCUAUCUCCCGCCCGCAUCGGUGGUCGUCCCCACCGUCUCACAGCUCUAGCACCACUCCCAGCCCCAGCCCUCGCCCCAGCCCCUACAGAGAGAGGGCGGACAGAAGGAGCCUGGCGUCACCUUCACCCUCCUCCUCCUCUUUUGGUCUGGACACUCUGCUCACUCCAAGUCUGGAUGUGUUCAAAACCAGUGUGUUCUCUGCUGGGAAGGGCGUGGCAGAGAAGGCUAGCCGCUGGUAUUCCCGUCUCGCUACAUACACCACACCCACCAAGGAUGCUCCCAGUGACCGCCUGAGUGUGUCCUCCUAUGGCGUGGGUGAUCCAGACUGCUCCUCCCUCCUCGAUGAGGACGAAUGUGGGACGUUGGAGAGCUCUGUGGUCUAUCCACAGAGGAAUGGCCUUGUAGGGCCACACAGGAGCCCUAAACACAGCCCACUCCGCAGCACCGUGGAGAGCCCCACUCCAGGCUCUGGUCCUGGGAGACCCACAUGUGAGGUACCAGGAUGUAUCCUGUCCUCCCCUGGAUUCCUUCUGCCAGAGAAGUCAGACCUUGGCUCUUCAUGCUACACCAGCAGCACAAGCAUCUUCAAUAACUACGCUAUGGAGCUGCUGAUCUCCAGCUGUUCUCGCUGUAAGACAUGUGACUGCCUGGUUUAUGACGAGGAGAUCAUGGCUGGCUGGACAGCAGAUGACUCCAACCUGAACACCACCUGCCCCUUCUGCGGAAACCCCUUCCUGCCGUUUCUCAACGUGGAAAUUAGGGACAUGCGAGGACCUGGAAGGCUUUUCCUGAAGGGCAGCCCGUCGGGAGAUGAAGUGGUGACCUCAUCAUAUUCUGCUUCCACAGGCUUGGACACAGGGACAUCCACCUUGUCCACACCCUGUCCGACAACGACUGUGUCCCCACCCUCCCCUGUGGUUACUGUCCAGGAGAGCUCAGCAAGCAGACGAACUCAACUGACCAGGGCUCAAGGUAUCAACAUCCCCACAGAGCACCGGCAGGGCACGGAUUCACACAGAGCGCCCAUGGCCCGCAGUGUCAGUGCCUUUGGUCCCAUGGACGAACCAUCACAACCCAGCUGCUGUGUGCCAACAUCCGGCAGUCUGCCAAGCCGCCUCAGUGAAACCGUGGAUCCACUGAGUAUGGAGUGGCCUCUCCACAAUCCAGAGCCAGUGACGGUUCCCUACCUGAGCCCUCUGGUUCUGUGGAAGGAGCUGGAGAGUCUGCUGGAGAACGAAGGUGACCCGGUGAUCACAGAGGCCGACAUGGUGGACCACCAUCCCAUCAUCUACUGGAACCUAGUCUGGUACUUCAGACGGCUCGACCUCCCCAGCAACCUGCCCGGUCUGAUCCUCACCUCUGAGCACUGCAACACAGACUCCCAGGUUCCUCGUCACUGGAUGUCGGAGGACAGUAAACAUGUAUUGAUCCAGAUCCUGUGGGACAACCUGAAGUUACAUCAGGACACAAUCCAGCCUCUCUACAUCCUCUGGAAUACAUAUAGGCUUAAUUGUACUCUGUUAUUAGAGAACGUGGGUUACCCUCUGUCCCGGCCGGUCCCAGAGGAGGAGAGGCCGUUCAGCGAGGACGUACUGCAGAGUGUAGUGAAGAGCAUCCAGAGGAACGACGUGAGCCGACCGAUGGCUCAGCUGCUUCAGCUCCUGGGACAGACGCUCGGAGUCAAGAGACAAAGGAGUUUGUACAGAGACAUUCUCUUCUUAUCGCUGGUGGCUUUGGGGAAAGAUAACAUUGAUAUCGAUGCCUUUGAUCGCGAGUAUAAACUGGCGUAUGACCGGCUCAUACCGACACUGGUGAAGCUCACUCAUAACUGUGACCGCCCUCCCAGCACCGGCGUCAUGGAGUGUCGCAGGACGUUUGGAGAGCCUUACCUGUAAACACACACACCUUCACACAUGACAACGAUCUCUCUCCAUCCACAUCAACGCUUUAAGACGAGCUCAGGAAACCUGAAGACUGUGAAUAUUUACUACAGUAGUGGCUGUAAGUGAUGAAAAUGAAUAGGCUGACUGCAGUCAGCAUUAUGUAGCUCAAAUAGUAGUUUUAGACCUAAACUAACUCAUAAUGGAAGCACCACUCACACGUUCAUAGACACCAAUUCAUGCAGUGUUGAGUGAGUCUCACUUGGUUUAUAUGAAAAUCCUUAAAAUUAUACAAAAAUGUCAAUACGCGUUUUUAAUGUAACAUAUUGUAUAGUCAUACAUUAUAUGAAGACUAAUAUUAGAAUAUUUUAACUGGAAGUCUAUUUAUACAAAUCGGCUUUAUUUAUUAUAUUGUAGUGUUUCGGUCCUGUGGCCGGGUGUCGUCACCACCCACUGCUCAUUAGCACCUACAUGUGGAGGCAAAGUUGGAGGUUUACAACUUUAGUGUUCGUUUUCAAUUAGAACCAGGCUUCUGUGCUUUGACGUCAGGCAUCCAAAGACUGAAAACAAACCAGAGCUGCAACGAGUAGUCGCUCCACAAAGUGAAUCUGCACUUUCACAACUGAUAGUUUCACGGUUUAUUCAACCUUGAUGCCAGUUAUGCUUAAAAUCAAUCAGUCAUUUUCUACAAAUGAAAUGAACCAGUAGUGACGAGUCAUCAGUUGCCUUUAAUCUUAGUCCAGUACCUUAAGGUGAAGUUGCCACAGUAGAGCUCUAGUUUCACCUAACAGUAGUUUGUUUACAAAAUUCUUUUCAUUUCAACCGAGGCUAAACGCCUCAUAGACGAGGAUGUUUGCUGUAUUUGCAACAUGUCACUGUUCUUCAUCUUGGUACCAACUGUGCUGCUGCGAUGAGGAGACGUCCAGGUUUACAGUAGCUGAGUUUAUCUGUGGCAGGUCGACCCUUCUCACCUACUGUACCUGUUUUUUUCUGUUUGUUUGUUUUUUUCCCUGGUCUAUAGGAUCAUAAUCGUCAUUAUUCAGAUUGAAUAGAAGUUUCUGUUGUAUGUCACUGUACAAAAAAAAAAUCCAUAUGUGGGCUUUUACUUGUUACAAUGUUUGUAUGCAUAUCUGCUUCUUUAGUAUGAAUUAUGACAGCUUCUGGUGACAACAGAAGAAUUCAAAACCUUUCUCUGAAACUAAAGCAAAAAUUUUUGGAGGCAAAUGCUUUUUUUACCAUCAAGUAUCUGAUGAGAUAAGUUGGAGGUUCUGUAAAAAGCAAUGGUGCAGCAGAGACGUACCCUUUUAGACCAGGUUUUGUCCACGGUGGUUGGAUCAGCGUCUGCUCUGUGUAGUAGCUAAAACAAUUGACGUCCGUUAAACACCAUGUUGUACCGAUCCAGUGGUUGAAGGAGGGCUUGAAGUUUAAACUGCAGAUCCUAUGAAUCUCAACCAUGUGUGUGAAAUGGAAAAUGACUGUUGUAUUUCACCUCUAAAAUGGAGCUUCACUACUUUGGCUGAAAACCUGCUUGACUGGAUGGGUCUUACCCUUUGCAUAAAUCUCAUUUUAUACCUGUUUAUUCACGCACAUUAAGGCUUUUUAGACAAGGUUUCGUUUUAUCAACUGGACCUUGAGUUCUGUAACUGUAAAUAAAACGUCACUCAGACAAA